CCAGAGCUAUGCUCAGCUGCAGUCACCAAUCAGGAAGGCGGUUCUUCCUCCACUUGAGGCACCAGAAGAUGGAGUAUGGAACCAAAGGGUUUCACAGGAGCCCCUUUUGGGAGUCAAUCAGCCAGAUUUGAUGUGUCAGCAAUUUAUCCCAAUACCAAGAGGCCCAGUACCUUGCUGCAGGCUCCAUACUCCAAAACUAUAUGUUCAGACUUGAACCGAAAAUUGGGACCAGGCACCUACAGUCUUGACUAUGGAGAUCUCAGUAGUACCUCCUUCUGGAAGAGGUUGUCAAGCUCUAGCUGGGCAAAAGGACAAGAAGCAACAAGAAUCACUCAGAUGCCACAUUUUAAUUUUAAGGAAGUCUUCAAGAGAGAGAAAUCUCUGAAAGCAAAACUGGGUCCUGGAACUUAUGACUACAAAAGUUUUCUGGAACUCCAGGAGAGACGUCCACAUAGUAUUAGAGGGAUAAUUAACACCGGAGAAGUAAGGUUUAAAGAUCGCAUCAGGGAAUGCUACCCUGGCCCAGGAACGUAUGGGAAUCCUUACGCACUCCAGGAUGAGAGGCAAAAACGCUUUGUGACUGCGCUUGGAGUCAUGGACAGUAAAGCUGCAAAAUGCUUCGCCUUUCCCAAUAUGGGAAGUGGUUUGGGUCCUGGCACCUAUAACCUGAAGAACGAUAUAGAUGAGAUGCUAAAAAGAGUGGUCAGCACGAGGGGGCCCUAUGAAAUCUUUACAGGAGACAGGUCAAAGCCGAUUAUCUGUGGACAUUUUGCUGUUGAAAAAAAAUCCAUUGAGUUGGGUGGCAGUAAAGUCAAAAGCUUCCUAGAAGAACUGGAGACAAAGGAGAAAAAGAAACAUGGUGUUUUCAGCACUCUUCCUCGGAAUCCUAGUUACCCAACCGAGCGGAUCUUCUGGGCAACGGUUGGCCAGGGUCCUUGUGAAACAUUCACAGCAGGGCCCGGCUCAUAUAACCUAAAGCCCAUUAAGAAAACGGAAUAUGAAGAUCAGCCGCCAUUCUGGAUAGGUACAAAGAGAUUUGACAGGAAAGCAUACCGGCUCUUCUUUGGAAAUGCUAACCCAGUUGGAGUUGGCCGCUAUGAUACCACAAAGCAUGAGAAGUAUCCAAAGAAGAUCAGAUACCGUGCACUUUACAUGCAUGAUGCAGAGCGUUACCUUAGUAACCUGGAAAGAGACAAGUGUUUACAGGAACGGAUCACUCCUGUCAAUAAAGGCCGGAGGAUCAAUCCAGCAUCUGCCUGAAACACUAUUUUCAGAAUUUGCUUCCUGAAACAAAGCAGAGUUAAGCAACCAAA